AUGUUUCUUCGCACCGUCUCUCGCGCUGUCCCUCGCAGCACCGCGGCCAUCCGUGCUGCCCCCACUGCUGUGAACGCUGUGCAGACCCGCGCUGCUUCGGACCAUGCUAUUCCCAACCCUACCCUCGCCAACAUCGAGAAGCGCUGGGAGGUCAUGCCCCCUCAGGAGCAGGCCGAGCUCUGGAUGCAGCUCCGUGACCGCAUGAAGGUCGACUGGCACCAGAUGACUCUGCAGGAGAAGAAGGCCGCCUUUUUCUUCGACUACCCUGAGGCUUCCGAGGUUAUCUAUCUCGGGAUGACCCUCAACCCCUCGAACCUCCACGAUUGUCUUUUGCAAGUAGCGUUUUUCGCUAACCUCAAUUCUUCCUCUACAGCUUACUACAUUGCCUUCGGUGCCCACGGCCCUCGCGCCCAGGCCCCCAAGGGUGAGGGCCUGCGCGUGUUCUUCAAGGUCGCUCAGCUCACUGCCGUUUCCGUUGCUAUCUUCUACGGUAUCCACUCCUUCGCCGGAAAGCAGCCCGGUACUAUGUCCAAGGAGUGGCAGGAGGCCUCCAACGAAUAUGCUCUGAAAGAGAAGAUCAACCCCAUUCACGGUAUCAGCAAAGAGGGUUACGAAGGCAAGGGCUUCGUCCAGAGCCCUCCUGCCGAGAAGUCAUAG